AUGAAAGGCAUCCGCACCGUCGCCCUCGCAGUGGCUGCCGCCACGGCCGUUGUCGCCCAAGAAUGCGCCGACAUUCUCGUUCCCAAGUACACUCCCCCUCAGGUCGCUGCUGGCUGGGAAGCGCAACUUGUUGCGAAUGGCUACAAGAAGCCUCGAACCAUUCACGUCGACAGCGAGGGUGCUCUCCUCAUUCUUGAUGCUGGCGUUGGUGUCUAUCAUGUUACUUUCAAGGACAAUGGCGGCACUUGUCUUCACCUUACCGAGAGCAAGCUUCUGAUCAACAACACUCGUUUAACCCAUGGUAUGGCGUUCUCCGAUGAUGGCAAGACAUUAUUCGCAUCUUCGGUUGACGAGGUCUUUGCGUGGUCCUAUGGCGCCAAGUCCGGCACUGUCAACAACAACCCCAUCGUCGUCAUUGACAACAUGGCCAACAAUGACCAGACAACACGCACUUUGGUCAUGUCCAAAGCCUCCCCCAAUUGGCUCAUUGUCUCUCGCGGUGUCGAUGAAAACUUUGACAUGGACGCCCUUGAUGUCUCUUCUGGCCAUGCUCAAGUCAAGGCAUUCGACCUCACCAAGGUUGGCAGCGACCCUUUCGACUUCAACACGGAUGGCAAGCUCCUGGCCUGGGGUAUUCGCAACGCUGUUGCCGUGGCAGAAGACCCCGCUACUGGUAAUGUUUGGGCCAUGGACAACUCAAUUGACGAUAUCACCCGCAAUGGUGUCGACAUUCACGCCAACAACCCUGGCGAAGAGUUGAACUUGCUCGGAACCGUCGCCAAUGAGACUGCAGCUGGCAACUACGGCUACCCUCGCUGCUUCGCAGUUUGGGAUACUAGUAUCUCGCUCAAUGACUCUCUCAAGGUCGGCGACCAGUUUUCCAUGGAACAAAACAACACCAUGAACGACACCCGCUGCCAUAACGACUACAUUGCUCCGCGCCUGACCUUCCAGUCCCACACGUCUCCUGUUUUCCUCAAGUUCGAUAAGGACGGCUCUAACGCUUUCAUCUCUUUCCGCGGCAGUUUCAACCGUCCCGACCCCGUCGGCUACGCCUUGACCGCUGUUGAAUUCGCCAAUGGAGAGCCUGUUGCCAGUCGAGACUCCACCAAUGCGCUUAAGAACAUCAUGUUCAACAAGGAUAUCAGCACCUGCCCGGACCAGUGCUUCCGCCCCGUCGGCCUUGCCUGGGACUCCCAGAACCGACUUUUCAUGACGUCCGACAGCACUGGUGAGGUCUAUAUCCUGAGAAAGAGCGAUGCGAAGCCCACAUCUACCGCUCCUGGAAGCAUCGCUACCUCAACUGCCAAGCCCGAUGCUGCGAGCGGCAUGGCCCCGUCUAUUGGUCUGGGUGUGGCUGCACUGUGCGCCAGCUUCUUCUUGGCCUUUUAA